GGCCAGUAAAAAAAGUGGAACGGGGAACUGGCAUCUUGUUCAAUUGACCUAAGCUUCGCGCAAUUCGCAAUUGCACCUUCGGAUCUCGAAACCCAAUUCCAAGCUGCCAUUGCACCAACGUAAAGCAACGACAGCCCCGACCAUGCGAUUCCUAUCCUCCUUCGUUACGCCCUUGCUCCUGGCUGCUGGCGCGGCUCAGGCAGCUUCGUCGUGGGGGUUUGACGAUGCCAAGCUUACCGUGAGCGGAAAGAAAGCUGGCGGCAGCAAGGAGAAAGAUGUUCGAGAGUUCGACGGCAAAUCUCCCUUCCUCUCGAAACCCGUGAACUUCGAUACAUCCGACACAUUCAAGCUCAAGCUUAAGACGCAAGAGAAUGGCAAGGGCAAGCGUGCGCACCAGGCAUUCCUCGUCUUCCGUGAACCUACCUCCGGCCUCGAGGCCCCCUUCCCUCUGACCGUGAAGGAUAGUGGAAAGGCGACUGUUGAGAUUAAGCAAAGCGAUCUCCCCAUCCAACUCGCCAUCUCGAACAAACCCCUUAAGGCCUCUCUUGUGAUCGCCUCAUUCGGCUCCUCCGAAGGCUUCAAGAAGGACAUCUUCGACGUCCAGGUCACCCGCGACCCGAUCGCCGCGCCCAUCGCCUACGAGAAGCCGCUUCGCUACGGCAAGCUCCAGGAGAUCCACCACAUCUUCAAGGACGACCCGAAGAGCCCCCCUAAGAUAGUGUCUCUGGUGUUCGUUCUUGCUAUAUUGGCUGCGAUUCCGGGUCUCUUCAUCGCCUGGGCCAUCCAUGGCGCCAACCUCGCGCACCUCUCCAAGGCCCUGAAUGCCGCCCCCGUCGCACAUGGCGUCUUCUUCGGCUCCCUCGUAGCCAUGGAAGCCGUCUUCUACCUCUACUACGCCACCUGGAACCUGUUCCAACUCCUUCCCGUCGCCGGUGUUAUCAGCACCGUCACUUUCCUCAGCGGCACCAAGGCUCUCGGCGAGGUCCAGAGCCGCCGGCUAGCCGGUGAGCGAUAAGCAGUGUAAUCGUGUUUCUCUAUUUCUCUGCGGAUAAUAGGGGCGGGCCGUUUACGCGUUACGGGCUAAGGGGGGAGGACUUCUAGUGGAAGCCUAUGUACUUUAGUCUGGGGCGUAUGAUACGAUGCGAUUCAGGGCACGGUGUGACAUAUGACUGCGUAUGGCGCGCCGGAACUGGACUCGGGCUGGCUCGGCUCGGUUUGCCUAGGUGGAGGGGAAAGGUGUAGAUAAAACGAGAAGAUAACGAAAAAGGAAUGUAUAACAGACUACAGAAUAUCAUUCCGUAGCCCUUGUGCUCUUGUGUAUGCUAUUGCUGGUACUCUCCUAUGAUCCAAAAGUGGGUCAUCAAAGUCAGUUAAAUUCCAGCUUCAUCUUCAUAACAAAGGAAAAGGAAUUGCACAUCCAUAUCACAGCACCAAUCAAGCCUAUCACUCGUCAUCAUAGGAG